AUAAAUAAAUAAAGAUAGGAUGAAUAUGUCGACGAUUAUAUAUGUAAAUUUGGCGAAAGAUGAGAAAAAGUUGUGAGAGAAUAAAUUUCUUAUAAAAAUAUUAAGACACGCGCAUGUUAAGUUAAUUUUGACUAAUAAGAAUUUAUAAAUAGCAAUUAUGCUUGUGAACAGAGACCUCUGUAAUUGUUGGAUAAGAAAUACGGGAGACGCGUGUAUCAAUAUUGGAUUGAUAAUGAUAGGCCGAAAUUUAUCAGUGUUUUUUCCGUGGAGGAAAUCUAUCGGUUUACCUCACGUGGCGAAGAAUCUUCAUUCUUCCUGUCGCCAAUGUUUACGUAGCGAUUUGCUGUUAACUGUACCAAUAAAACUCGCCUAUAUCUCGUAUGAGACGUUGAAGGAGAGCGAGCAAAAUGCAAAAGAACCGAUUAUAAUAAUGCAUGGUCUCUUCGGAUCGAAAAACAAUUGGAACUCGCUGUCGAAAGCGAUUCACUUAAAGACCAAACGCAAGGUCAUAGCAAUAGAUGCUAGGAAUCAUGGCGAUUCUCCGCAUUCAUCCACUAUGUCAUAUAAAGACAUGGCAGGGGAUAUGAUUCAACUUUUGAAUGACCUAGACUUCGAUAGAGCUAUCCUAAUUGGCCACAGUAUGGGUGGUUCGGCUGUUAUGUAUACCGCUUUAAAUUUUCCCCAAUAUGUUGAGAAGCUGACAGUCAUCGACAUGUCUCCUGUGAGAGCUAGUCCCAAUCUUUUGCAGAUGGAAAGGAUUUUCGAGGUCAUGCGUCUGGCGAUAAUGGAUGGAAAUCUUACCUUGUCAAAGGCGCGUAAAAUGGUGGACCAACAACUGGCCAAAUCUAUCGAGUCCGACUCAUUACGUCAGUUCCUAUUGACGAAUUUGGUGGAAGCAGACACGGGAAAGUACAAAUGGCGAAUUAAUUUACCAGUGCUAGAGCAGGCAUUCUCGACUCAGAUAGCUGUAUUUCCUAAUGUAGGCUCCAAAACAUACAUGGGCCCCACGUUGUUUGUUGGUGGCGCUAAUAGUGAUUAUAUUCAAGUAAAAGAUCAUAAUGCAAUCAAGAAACUGUUUCCUAUGGCAGAAUUUCGUUACAUUGAUGGAGCAAGUCACUGGGUUCAUGCGGAUAGGCCUGAGGAGUUCAUCGAACUUGUAACAAAUUUUAUAAACAAUCAGACAUCGUGAUGUUCGUUAAAAUGUAAAGAAAAAAUUGCGAGAUAUCCUUUGUAAAUAUAUACGUGUAUUUUGGAUGAACUUCACAAUAUUACAGAACAAUGUGAAAAGUA